GAUGAGGGGAGACAACUCUUCAAGUCUUGCACUGAGCUGAUCGAGAUCAAUGCUCUUUGAACGCUUCAGUAAUCCCAGUGACGAAGAACAAUGUCGUGUUUUUAAACUGAUUUUAUCUCAUAGAUAACAUACAAAAACAUGAGGUGACAUAUCGAUGAAAUGUUAUUGAUCAAAGUGAAACCAGAAACAAUCGUCUAACAAGCACCUGCUGAAAAACGCGUGUAUGUUGUUUGGCAACAAGAUCACGUGAUACAGCUACUUUUCCAAGAUGGCGACUUUCAUCGCUAGAAGAAAGUUGAACAACGAGUAAACAAAUGACGGAUUUUCACUGUCUGCGAUCAUUUGGAGAUUAAUUAAACAAGAGGCGAACGGAUUACCUUCAUAGAUUUUUGGUGACAUUCUUCAUGACAUGGCCUAAAAUUUAGGGCCUAAGGAGUGGGUCCAAAGACUUCCAGGCCUCAGGAGUGGGCCUCUAUAGACUUACUGGCCUCAGGAAGAGGUCCUCGGACUUACGGGCCUCAGGCCGAUGACAUCUUGAUAUACCAGGAGCCAAUAUGAUGAAUUACGUGGGCAGUAUCUCUAUCCUCGAUCGGGGGGAUGCUCCCGCCCAGGCCAUCAUCGACAAAAAUGCUCGAUCGCUGGCUCAGCGGGUCGCAGAUGAGACGAGGGAUGAACUCGAGAAGGUGAUGACCCGGGUGGACAACAUUUAUGAGUCCUAUGAGACUAGUACCCAGGCUCUGAUGGAGACACAGUCUACCCUGGAGUACGUUGAGGACAUAGCUGAACUCGAGGCCCUUAUCAAGGACCAGAUCAAGAAAAAAAAGUACCAGCAACAAGUCACGAUCUUCAUCGUCGGGUAUGAAAAUGUGUGUGGACAGAAGCUACGACUGCUUCAGCAGGUUAACGAGUUUUUUAUGGACAAUUCCAAGAGCUACGAGGAAGAAGAUUGGUAUCCUAAGACUCCGGAUAUUGACCUUGACGACUGUAGCAGUAAGAUUGAAGAGUCCCUCUCCACAGCGAAGGAACUGACGGAGAAAAUAUCUACAAUCAACGCAGACAUGGUAGAAUGGCUGACGACAUACGCUAUCAACAAGGCGUCGACGAAAACUCUGAAUAUGGUUGAUAACAAGAGCAAAAAGAAGCUUGAAUCGGCAUUGUCAAAGGCGAAGGAUGACGUGAAGGCCAUCACAGAACAAUUGAAGUCAGCACUUUUAGCUAAUGAGGAAAAGGAUGACCUCAUACAAACCUACCUUAAACAGUUAGAAGGGAAGACUUUGGAGGCUCAGAAGUUCAAGGCCGCGGCUGAAGUAGCCAAGAAAAACGUACAAGGGUUGGAGGCCAAAGAACUCGUCUAUCAAGAUGAGAUUGAAAAGCGAACCAGUGCCAUGAAAAAACUGCAAGAAGAUCUACGUAAAAUUGAAAUGGACGCUAGCCAGUCUAGGUUCCUAUCGGAACUGAACUCAAACCGUCUGAAAAACAAGGACAGCGAAACAUCGGAAUUUGAAGCAUUACAAGAGGUUAAGAUUGACGAACUCCAUACCGUCAUAGAAAGACACAGACUUGAGCUCCAAGAAUCCAAACGAGAGUUACAAGUCCUACACGAGGACCAGAUCAAGGCUCUCCAUGACACCCACACCGCAGAUCUGGAGUCCGUACGACUGGAAUACGCUGAUAUGAUCAAGAAAUUACAGGAUGAUUUGCGAGAGGCUGAGUUAAAAGUCGAUGAUACGGAAAAGCUGGUUGCAGAUGCUGCAGACGCAGCUGAUCAGGCGCGUCAGGAAUUAUUAGCAUUACAACUAGAAGGCUCGACUGGAGAAUCACGACCAGCUACAGAAAUAGAGUCACAACCUCCGGAUGCUGAGGAUGAUGGGAUAUCUCGAGACAGCUCUCGGCAGAAGAAAAAGCUACGAUUUGAUCGUUCCAAAUCACGAUCACGUAGCAGGGAAAGUCGGCCAAGCACAAAAGACACCAGAUCGAGUAAGGGGGCACCAGCCAAAGUUACGGUAACUAGGACAACGCCCGCUGCCAAAGUCGUAACCAAGCCGGUUAAACCAGAGUCAAAGUCCCCUGUGAAAGCUGUGAAAGAAACAGCGGAUGCGUCUAUCCAGGAUGAGGGCGGAGAUCCUACGUCUGCCCACGUCGAGACUCGUCAGAGUAAACGGGCGAGGUCAACGCUUGAGACCGUUAAGGAGUCGGACCUCAGUGCUGAUUUUGAUGAUGCUUUCGAUCUCGCCGAUGAGAACUCCUGGGCACUUGUUCCCAUGGAGACUGUCCCUGGUCGAUUUGCACAAUACCGUAAAAUGACGGUACGGAAACUGUCGGAGCUAGAGGAACAGCUGGGUCUUACUGUGGCCAAAACCCAGAGAAAGGUCACGACCUUGAAGUCACAGUUCCAGGAACACAAGAGCAAGUGGGAAACGGAGAGGAAGGUCCUGAUAGAACAAGUUGAACAAGCUCAGAAACUUCAAACUGAGGCUGAGAAGGAGGCUGAUGUGGCAAUGACACAAUUGGAGGAGUUUAUCAAUGAACAAGAAAGACUGGAGGAGGAGGAGGAAGUGAAGAGACAGGAAGUCGUGAAGGGUGUGUCCAAACCCGUCAUGGUCAGUAUCCCUACACAGCACGAAGACGAUGAGUCAGAGGUCGUGACCUCUAGCUCCCCCAAGACCUUGACCCCUGUACAACCGGGAGCGGAGACCGGGGCCCCACCUCCAACGUUUGUCCAGAGUGAGGAAUCCGAACAUGAACUGACCAAUCUCAUGCAACAGACUGACGAUGCCAAGGCACAGGAGAUAAAUGCCAGAAAAUCCUCAGGAGCGUUGUCCGCCCCGCCGGCUGUAGAACCGGAGGCUGAGCCACGAGACAAGAUCAAAGAGGCAGCUGAGGACAUCAUCACGGAUUCUGACCCUGCUAUAGUUUCUCAUCAGCCUCAAACUGUCGAACAUUCUGAACAGUCUGAAAAUAUUGAAAGUUUCGAUAGGGCUGGAGUUAUUGAUGUUUCUGAUAAGUCUGAAAAUGACGAAAAGUUUGAAAUUAUUGAAAAUGGUGACAGCUCAUGUAAUUUUGAACAAGUUGAAAAUUCUCAAAAAAAUUCAGUGGCUGAAGAUUGUAACAAACCAUCAAACUUAGAAAUAUCUGAAUCUUCCGAAAAUUUUGAACAGUCUAAACUUCCAUCUGAAAUGAUUUCUGGGGAAACUAGUUUGGAAAAUGAACAAAAUUCAGAAACUCAGACGAUUUUUGAUCCAGAAAAGCAGGGGGAUUUACAAACACCAGAGGUUUUGAAAAAUUCUCCCAUUGAGAAACAGAGUGAGAAUUCAGAAUUAACAGACAUGUCUUUUGUAUUUAAAGAACAAGACAACAUUUCAACUGACCAAUCAAAAAUGUGCUCUGAUGAUGCUAGCCAAUCACAAAAGAGCAAUGACGCCCAACAAGAUAAUUUAGUCAAAUCAAUGAGUCCUAACCAAUCAGAACAACCCACCAAUGACCGUACAACUUACCAGAAUGAGGUAGAUUCUGACCAAUCACAGGCUGAGAAAAUCAGCCAAUCAGACCUAAAGGUUCCUUUGUCUGUCUCAGAUUGUAGUGCAAAGGUCGAGAGUAAGGGGUCAUCUGCAACGUCAAGGUCAGAGGUCAUAGACUCCAAGUUCAUCAAAAAGGUUGAUAUUACUUACCCUAAGGAUGAACAUGCUGAUGACAUUGAUGUCAAGGACAAUUGGGACAGUUACCAUGGUGAUGGAGUAGAGGUCAAUGAUGAUGAAAGCAGUGUCCAGAAUAUAGACACCCUUUCUGGUCAUGAAAACGAAAACAUUGAAUCUGAAGCUUCUAGAUUAGAUACAAUCAGAAUUGGAUCAAAAUUACAAUUGUAUGGUUCUGAUUUCAAAAAUCAAAGAAAGGUCAUAAGGUCAGAGGUCAAAAUCCCAGAGGUCAUGACACAACAUUUUGACCCUUCAUUGUAUGACCGUGAGAAGUUGAAGGUCACAGGUCUGCCUUUAAUGCAGGACAAUUUCACCGAACCCAGCAACAAUGUCUUACCAUCUAGUAGAAAACCAUCAAAGGUCAAAAGGUCACAGAAAUCUAAUUCCGAUUUAUCCCUUACAAGACGAAAUGUUAUUUCCCCUGGACUAUUUCCAGUGGGAAAGGGUCCAGUUCACGUCGUUAUGGAAAAUGCCUUUCCUUCCCAAACAAACGCAGAUAUAGGCAAGUUAAAUCAGGCUAUUUAUUCGGACUCCAGAGAUCACAAAAUGGUUGAGAAGCCGUUUUCUAAAACUGACCAAGUUGAGAACGUUCGACCAGUACAGAGGUUCAGAGAAACUAUAGAUGAGGACAGUAUACUAACCAUUCAUACAGGGAUGCAAGGCACCAUGGGAAAUUUUGUCACUACUCCAGAGACCCAGACUCAGAUUGUGCCUAAAACAGAGGAAGAGAUCCGCGCGUGCUCUGCCCUGAGUCGAGCUUCCUUGAGGAAGGAGUAUCGUAACAAGUUGGGCGAGGUUCGUGCAGCUGUUGAGGACCGCCGAACCAAGUCACCCGCAAUAUCGAUCCCUUCACAGCGAUCCUUAGAGGACGAUCAACUGAUAGACGAGGAUGAUGAUGAUGACAUACCAUACAAUGAAAUUGACGAUAUGAAGAGAGAGCAGACGAUGGAGAUGGGAACAUCCCCACCCCCAGGGCAGAGAGGUCAAAGUUCAUCAAAAUUAUCACAAGUCGGUGCGGACCAUCCAGUCGUCUCCGAGUACCUGCGCCUGUACGAGGGCGUGGUCCAAUUCAGGAAUGCUCUCAGCAAACUUAUGGUCGAUAGAGAUAUGCUGCAGCCUAGUGGGAUUCUGGAGGAUAUCGACACCAAGACAUUCAACAGUACAGGCAAGGUGGAGCCCCAGAUAGAGGGAAUGACACACAACGUUUAUCACGUGUUCGAGGAAAUCCUUAGUGUACUGUCCAGUAUUCUCCAGGCUGACCGCGAGCCAAUGGUAUCCUCCCUUACUGGAGGCGGUAUGAUCAUGUCCAGGGAUACCACACAAGCUGUCGUCGGCCCCAAGUCUGCUGAGUCUGGUCGGGGACCCACUGUCACUCGCGCCAGUCAUCACUCACAAUUCUCCGCAAAGAGCGAUGUAUCGGACCGUAUUGCACUCCGGGAGCUUCAGGAACAGUAUGACCGGCUACAGCACCAGCUGACGAGUGAUACCAGGAAACACGAGGAACAAAUUAGACAUAACACCGUUGUCAUGAUGGAGAUGCAGGACACCAUUAAUGAGUUACAGCGAGAGUUGUCUAACCUUGGAAGGUCGUCCAGUCGGCUCCGACCUCAGUCUGAUACCACAUCACCCCACGGAACGACAGAUUCAGCUAUAAUGUUUACCAGGCUGGACUCGGAGAGAAAUUCCAAAAUAAUGAAAAGAGCAGUAAACGACCAGAAAAUGAAUGCAGAUAAAUACAAGGAUGCAUUAGACAAGAUGGAGGACUAUGUUGGGCUACCAGCUCAGAGAUUUGCCCACCUUGUUCGUAAAUACGUCCACCAUAGUCGCAUGAAGGAAAUUGAAGAAAAUGUCAAGAAGAGCAAAAGCCUUAACGAAAACGUGUUUGAGAUUCUCGACAAGAUGGAGGCUCUUCAGAAUGAGCGGGCGAAGACUUGGGCCGACAAAAUGGACCAGAUGGGUUCGGAGAGACUACGCCUCGCAAAUCUACUGAUGGAGACACUUGACUCUAUAGAACAAGAGUCAGGAAUUUUCCUCAUCAAACCCAUGUACUCCUACCGUGGAAGGUCCAAAUAUUUGAAUGCUCCUUUGACUAUUCGGGAUAUUAAGGAUGCUCGGUAUGGAGGUAAACUAACUCGGCCAAUCAGGCCGCAACGAAACUUAUCACCACACAGAGAAAACCAGUCAUCAUUUGCUCCUGCACCUACACCAGCCUCUAACAUGCGCCUUAUUAGAGGUCAGCCAGUUCCAACAACACAGUCAAUGACACAUGAAACUACAGUGCCUAAACACGAAGUACCUCGUUCCCUGGAAGGAGAUGAAGGAGGGAUCUCUGGGGCAUCCCUUAACUGGGUUGGGACGUCCCAAAAACAAACCUGGAGUAUGAACUCUUCUGUAGUGAGAGGAGAUCCAGAAAACUUCCUUAGUUCUCAAAAUCCAAAUGCAAUGAACACUCCCCGUAUAUUAGAACUGGAUAUCAACAGAAUGCUGAUUGGUCAGAAUACAAUCAGUUCUAAGAUCACACAGCCAGGUAUGACAGAAGACCGACUUGUGAAUGCCUCCCAGAACAAUCUUCGGUCCUACAUAACGGUUAAUCGGCCGACAGCUGUUCCAGGAAACGCCCGGCCUCGUUCUUUUGCAAGCUCUGCCACCAAAGAGUUUGUCCCUCCGUCCUCUCCGGUCAGUCAGAACACAAAGCGAGUGAGGAUGUCUGAAGGAGAUAUGUCGCGGACGGACAUGUCCCGUAAUAUGACCAACACACCUCCACUUCCGCCUAUUGGUAGUGCUAGCUCGCGGGAGAUCCCCGGAGAACCCCCUCGUAGUCCCCCAGGCUCUUCCAUGCGACUGUCACCUCCCCAUGUACAAGAAGUGAUAUCGCCUUUGAAGUAAUAUGUGGAUGUUCCAGGCUCUUCCAAUAGUGAUAUAUAUUCUCCGUCCAGUUGAUAAACCAAUGUCUACCACUGAUAGUAACCUGACAACCACUUUAAAUGAUUUAUUAAUUGUUUUGUGCAAGUAUGUACAAUGAGAAGUAAUUAAUCUUUUAACAGUAAGAGUUGCUCCCCUUUGAUCAGUACAAUAAAAUGUUAUUUUGAUAUACAUGUAAUUAUGAAAUUUCAAGUGAUUAUGUUUGAUUUAAAUCCUUUAUUCCUAAAAAGCAGAUCAGUAGCUCAUGCAGUUAGGAUAUUACUAUGUUAAUGAAAUUGUGAGGUCUAAAUCUGUUUAAUUGUUUGUUUCUGAUCAGUCUGAGUAAAUUAGCUUUAUCAGUUUAAAUCUUGGUAAAUUAGCUCUAGCUGUUUAAAAAUGAGUAAAUUAACUCUCCAUCAAAAACUGUUUAAAUUAGCUCUAUCCAUUAAAAUCUGGGAAAAUUAACGCUAUCGGUUAAGAUAUAAAUAAAUAACCCCUAUCUGUAAAAAUAUGAAUUAAUUACCUCUAUCUAUAAAAUCAAACUGGACACAUUAUACAAAGUUAUAUGCACCUCUGCCAUAUUUAUGAUUGUUAAACAUCGAAAUGUUAAUUGUGCUAUACAAGUGACCUAAAGGGCCUGUAAAAUCAGUACUAUUUUUGACAUUCUGAAACGGAUUUUAUUUGUGAUUCAAUGGAAGUAUUUUUCAUAAUCUACUAUGUUAAGUUACUUAAGGAGAUAUGCUACCUGUCUACUCAUUAUAUGGGUUGUACAAGAGUUGUCUACCUUUAUGUAUAUUUAUAAGUACUAUCUUAUAAUAUGAUGUUAGUGAAAUAAUGAAUUAAUGUCCUGAUAAAUUAAUCAUGAUAAUUACAAUUAAUUAUUAAUUAUGCAGAAUUUCAAUUUUUAUCACCCUUAUAUUAUUUUUGGGUACACAAGUGAAUGAAUUUAGCAAGUUUCAGUAAAAUAGAAUACCUGUGAUAUGUAUUAGAGUUGUCUCCCCUUAACAUUUGGUGUGUGUGAACUACAUACAAAUUUCAGACUGACUUCUGUAUUCAAUAAGCUUGUUUUCUAGUGAAUAAUACUGAUCUCUUAUGAGAUUUAGUGUCACUUUAAGUUAUAAUGUAUACCAUUUUGUGUCACCACACAGAAACAUACAGAGCACAACACUAGUCCAGUUGUAAGUUUAUAAAACAAUGAUCAGUCACCAUAGCAAGGGAAGUAACUCUAUCAUGUCUCCCUGGACAGAAAUUCAAUAAUUAUGUGUUAAGUGCUAAGUCUGAAAACAAAGACUAAUUUUGUUUGAUGUUAUUGUUUGAUUUUGUGUUUAUUUCAUCAUACAAUCGAUUCCAUACUCACAGAUAUAAUUAAUUAUUUUUUUGUUUUAAUGGUUGUCAUGGCAACAAGUCUUACUGAAUUUCUGUUUUUCUACACAUUUCACAAAAAUCACCCGCGUGUUGACUGAGUAACAAUCUUAAUUUGUGGUUAUAUCAAAUGUCAUAGUGAAAUUUAACAGGAUUCUGCCAAAUUUUGUAAAAAAAAAUUUCCAUGAUAUUUUGAAAUCAUCUUAGUAAUGUACCAUUGUUUUAUCUAAACAUGUACUUAUAUUAGACUGCUGAUGAUAUAGCUUUAUUAUCACAGGGAGCUCAGACUUAAGUAAAGUACAAUUGUAAAAUAAUUACCUUUUUAUUCAAAGGGACCUUUUUGUGAUAAAAGACUAAUGCUAGACGAAACACAAAGCGGUGUUUAUAAGCAGGUGGCUUCACACCUUUGAAUCGCUCUCCAUUUGAAAUACUGGUGAUGAACUGAAAAUACCUAUUUCCUUUGAAGUCAUAUUUUGUCCAGAUAUUUUAAGGCUGAGCAAAGUAAUUAUUUGUUUCUCUCCGUUUCCUGUUUUAGUGCGUACGCUGCUCCGUGAUUGAUAAUUUCUAGACUAGCAUGGAUGAUGUAAGAAAUUCUUUGUUUAGAUAUAUGAUUACUGAUUUCGUCUAUAACCUGCCUUAACGAUGGCUUUUGAGUCAGAAACACAACAUUAUGUUUGUGUGGCCUGACAGUGAUAGACCUUGAGUAGAUUGUUGGGUAGACCUGUGUAUUGUGAUAGAAACUCUGUGAUAGACAGACCAACAUCGGUCUGUAUAUUUUUGUAAAUAAACACGACUGUCUUAAUAUAUAACUAA